AUGCUCCCAGUGGGGUUUAUUAAAGGCACCAACUCCUAUGAUUGGGGCAAAAUUGGAAACGAUUCGGCUGCUGCCCGCUUCGCCGCUGCGACGACGCAGUCAGGCUUCAAGAUUGAGGAAUCCAAGCCAUAUGCUGAACUCUGGAUGGGAACUCAUCCUUCAAACCCCUCGAAAGAUGUGACGUCUGGUCGUACACUCUUGGACCUUGUCACGGAGAAUAAAGCUCUCCUCUCCACCGCCGUCUCAGAAAUAUACGGAGAUAAACUCCCGUUUCUUUUCAAAGUUCUUUCGAUCCAGAAGGCGCUCAGUAUCCAGGCACAUCCUGACAAGAAGCUUGCCGAAAGACUUCACAAGCAAGAUCCCAAGAACUACCCUGAUGAUAACCAUAAGCCUGAGAUGGCAAUCGCCGUCACCGCAUUUGACGGUUUUUGCGGUUUCCGCCCUCUCGCAGAGAUUUCCUCCUUCCUCCAAUCUACUCCGGCGCUCCGCUCCCUUCUUUCCGAAGACGUCUGUGAUGCAUUCACUUCCACCGUAGCAUCUACAUCUUCGGAUGAUGUUACCACCAACAAAGUCGCACUAAAAGAGCUCUUCUCAGCACUCAUGAACACCCCCGAGUCCCGCAUUGCCGAGUUCGCCCCAAAGCUUGUAGGCCAAGCCAAGGAGUGCCCAGGAAACUUUGGUGGAGAGGAAUAUGGUGGUCCUAAGCUGGCACAACUCAUAGUACGCCUUAACGAGCAAUUCCCCGACGACAUUGGCCUUUUCUGCACAUUCUUCCUCAACUAUGUUGAACUAUCACCCGGGGAAGCAAUCUUCCUCAAGGCAGAUGAUCCACACGCAUACCUCUCGGGUGAUAUCAUUGAGUGCAUGGCUGCUUCCGAUAACGUUGUCCGUGCUGGGUUUACCCCGAAAUUCAAGGACGUUCCUAACCUUGUCGAUAUGCUCACAUACUCCUAUGCGCCUAUCUCCGAACAGAAGAUGAAACCACAAGUAUACGCAGGGGGUUCAAACCACGCAGCCGCAGAACCCACAAGUAUAUUAUAUGACCCGCCGAUUGAUGAGUUCAGUGUUAUCAAGACUGAACUGAAGGAAGGGCAGGCGGAGACAUUCGAGCCGAUUGAAGGGCCGAGUAUUGUGAUUUGUACUAGUGGUGGUGGCCAAAUCUCUGUGGGUCCAAAGAAGGAGAAGGUGGAAAGGGGACAUGUGUAUUUUGUGGGUGCGACUGCCAAGGUUGUACUUACUGCGGAGGAAGGCCAGGCGGAACCAUUUAUCACGUUCAGGGCAUUUACGGAGGUGAAGUAA